AUGAUUCGUGCUACUGCUCUUUUUGUGGUUUUCUUUGCCAUUGCUGUGAACUCGGAAAUUUAUGACAAGAAUUCGGAGCAAUCCGGGAUUCAAGAAACUGCUAAUUUCGCCCUGGCUGUCAAGGACCAAGAUCUACGGACCGAUUUGGCCGUGGAAGGACAAUCUUCCGAUGUCGUUAUUCGUGCCAAGCGCCAAUAUUGCGGAUAUGGGUGUGGAUGUGGAUGUGCUACAGUAGCCGCCGUCACACCUGUCCCAUGCGGUUAUGGAUGUUGUGGAUGUGGAUAA